GGCACUGCGGAGGCGCCGCUCGCGUCUGUCGCCGCGCAGAGGACGGGGCGGCCCCGGCCCCGCAGAGACCUCGGCCGCCGGACCGCCGAGGCCAAGGUGACCGGCAAGAUGGGCAGCACCAUGGACCCCCCCGGGGGGGCGUACCUGCACCUGGGCGCGGUGACGUCCCCGGUGGGCACCGCCCGGGUGCUGCAGCUGGCCUUCGGCUGCAGCACGUUCAGCCUGGUGGCCCACCGGGGUGGUUUCGCAGGAGUCCAGGGCACCUUCUGCAUGGCUUCCUGGGGCUUCUGCUUCGCCCUCUCCGCCCUGAUCGUGGCCUUUGAGUUCACGAAGCUCCAUGGCUGCCUGCGCCUCUCCUGGGGCAACUUCACGGCGGCCUUUGCCAUGCUGGCCACGCUGCUCUGCGCCACGGCCGCCGUCCUCUACCCGCUGUACUUCACCCGGCUGGAGUGCCCGCCCCCGCCCGCCGGCUGCGUGGCCAGGAACUUCCGCCUGGCUGCCAGCGUCUUUGCCGGACUCCUCUUCCUGGCCUAUGCUGCGGAGGUAGCCCUAACACGAGCCAGGCCCGGUCAGGUGGCCAGCUACAUGGCCACCGUCUCUGGGCUCCUCAAGAUAGUCCAGGCCUUCGUGGCCUGCAUCAUCUUUGGGGCCCUGGUCUACGACAGCCGCUACGGACGCUACAUGGCCACCCAGUGGUGCGUGGCCGUGUACAGCCUGUGCUUCCUAGCCACGGUGAUUGUGGUGGUCCUGAGCGUGUUGGGCCACACCGGGGGCCUGGGCUGCCCCUUCGAUCGCCUGGUGGUGGUGUACACCUUCCUGGCUGUUCUCCUCUACCUCAGCGCUGCAGUCAUCUGGCCUGUCUUCUGCUUCGACCCCAAGUAUGGGGAACCUCACCGGCCCCCCCACUGCCCCCAGGGCAGCUGCCCCUGGGACAGCCAGUUGGUGGUAGCCAUUUUCACGUAUGUCAACCUGCUCCUCUACGUCGUCGACCUUGCCUACUCCCAGAGGAUCCGCUUCGUGUCCACCCUGUAGACCGGCAAGCGGCGGCCUGCCCACCUCUGCUCUAUGGCCAAGGGCACGCGGGGGUGACCAAGGUGACCCAAGAUCUCAGGGACAAGCAGGCGGGCUCAGGGGGGAGGCAACGCCAGUGCCGGUCCAGGGAGAAGCAGAGAAAGGACCGGAGGCGCAGGACAGGAAAACAGGGCCGUGCCGCUCACGGGCUUGCAUUCUUCCUAGUUCUAUCUCCGUCUCUGCUCUCCUGGCCCUCCCUGGGCUUCGUGCUGGUCACCGGAACAAAUGGGAACCCUUUGGAGCAGGUGCGGUUGUGACCCAUCUUGAAAAUGAGGACAGGGAGGCUAAUUGAGCAACAGAGGUGUGUCUGGAGAUGACACUGAGGUUGGUAAUCGAAGUUGGGAAGGGAGCGGGUACGGGUGGCUCACGCCUGUAAUUCUAGCUACUCGGGAGGCUGAGA